CGGCUCCCGUAAAUUCUGAAAAAUGGAAAAGAAGAGAGUCCCUUUUUCUUUGUUACAAACAGUGAAGUGGGAGAUGGAUUGGGGACGGGCGUGUUUGCAGGCCGGGGUGACUAGCAAACAUGGAACCACAUCCCGCCCUACCUUAUCGUGGCUCCUCGUUGUUGUGGCCACCGUUCCCUGCCAAUAAACCCAAUUCGAUUCAUCUCCUCCCUUCUUCCUGUGGAUUCGUCGACGCUACUUCUCCUAUCCUCCACCUCCGCCGAUCGUCCAUUUGUGCUCCUCCUACGAAACCAUCGCGAUUGAGCUACUUCUCCCGCCGAACCGCUAGGGCCAGCCCUCCUCCUCCUCCUCCUUCGGAGGAUCCAAAUACAAUCGCCGGAGUGGUGCAAGACGGCCAUUUGCUCAUUAAUACAUUUUGACAUCGAUCUUGGACAGGCAUACAAGCAACGCUGUCAAGGAUCCAGGAUAGGCUGCGAAUCUUCUUUGCUGUGCUUUUCUGGAUGUCAUUGUUCUUCUGGGGCAGCGCAUGGGAUGGGAGAAAUGAUGCUAGAAAGAAGAAGGGACCAUGGUUCAGAAAAUGAAUUUUCAAUGAUCCUUUUAUCCGAUUCGUGUGACUAGCAAAAUGACUGAAAAGCUUCUUUUCUCAUGCAGCAUAAACAAAUUCACUGAUGUUUAUAUGUGCCUGUACCGGUGUGUGAAUUGGUUUUGUAAUCUAGACAAUAUCUGUAUCAACAGGCUAAGUGGUCAUCAAUUUGCUUGUAUUCUAGGAAAAGCUUUAUUCUUAGUUGUAAAUUUGUUUUCUUCACAAUGCUAUGAUCAAGUUGUUUACUCUUUUCCACACUACUGUAGAAAUUGUUUGGUCCACAGUCCUUGAGUGGGGAAGAGGCUGAUUCAUCGGCUUUUCUUCUUUUUAUGGUUAAUAUAUUUGUGUCUGUCCCUAAUAUGGUUUCAAUUGUUGACAGGUGAUUAGAAUGUGGUUGAAAGCAGCUUGCUGAUUGCAGAUGGAUGUCUCCGAGAUGCUGACAGGUGAUUAGACUGCGUGGCCAUGGGUUUAUGUGAUGAUUUCAGUCCGAAGGAUCUGAUUCCUUGGGUGGCUGGUACAGCUUGCUUCCCCCACGAUCUCUCUUCCACCUUCUUCCUCUCCCCCCCACUCACCCAUCUUUUGGUUCUUUGCUUUCCUUCCGCCGGAGGUAUUGUGGUGGCGUCUCCAAUUCGGAGGGAGUCCAAGAAUCUGACCGAUGGCAUGCCCCCGGACAAAGCAAGCACCCUCUUCCCACUGUUGUUACACAUGGCUUCUCCUCGGACGCGCCUGCUGUAGUUCUCAUCGCCGUCUCCCUCCUCGUCUUCGUCCUCGCUCUGGUGUGCCCACCGAGUCCUUCCCUGUCCCUUGCGAAGAAAGGAAAGAUGAGCAAUUCUCGACUGCCACUCUUCUUCUGCUGCCUCUUCUUCUUCCUCCUUCCUCGUCAUGGCCUGCUGAAGAAGGUAGAUGCAUUCACCGGAACCUAUGGGAUAAACUACGGCAGGAUCGCCGACAACCUUCCUCCACCUGAAAGCGUCGUCACGCUUCUAAAAGCAGCAAGGAUCAAGAAUGUGAGGAUUUUUGAUUCAGACCAAAGCGUUAUCAAGGCGUUUAAAGGAUCUGGGAUUGAACUGACCGUAGCGAUCCCUAACGAGUACCUGAGAGACAUCAGUGUAUAUGUAGACCGUGCCAUGAGCUGGGUCAAGGAAAAGGUGCAGCCAUUUCUGCCCGGGACACGCAUCCGAGGGAUUGCGGUUGGGAACGAAGUGUUGGGCUCGGAUCCGGAACUGUCACAGGUCCUUUUUGGUGCCAUAAAGAACGUGUACAAUGCUCUGGAUAGGCUUCAAUUGUCACACGAGAUCGAGGUGUCGACGCCGCAUUCCGAGGCGGUGUUUGCUAAUUCCUUCCCGCCCUCCUCCUGCACCUUCAAGGAAGACGUCCUCGGUCUCAUGAAGCCCAUCUUGGAUUUCUUCUCACAGAUCGGUAGCCCCUUCUACAUCAAUGCGUAUCCAUUUUUGUCUUAUAAAAAUGAACCUGAGCACAUCGACAUCAACUACGCUCUUUUCCUGUCCAAUGCUGGAAUUCACGACGCCAAGACCGAUCUGCACUAUGACAACAUGUUUGAUGCUACAAUAGACGCAGCUUAUGCUGCCCUGGAAGCUGCCGGCUACGGUAAGAUGGCGGUUCGGGUUUCAGAGACAGGUUGGGCUUCUGCCGGAGACGAAAACGAAGCCGGAGCUACCCUCCACAAUGCAAGGACUUAUAAUUAUAAUCUUCGUAAGCGACUUUUCAAGAAGAAAGGGACACCGCUGAGGCCCAAGAUUAUGGUACAGGCUUACGUGUUUUCGUUGUUCAAUGAGAAUUUAAAGCCUGGACCGACCUCCGAGAGGCACUUCGGGCUAUUCAAGGCGGACGGCAGCAUAUCAUACGAUAUCGGCCUCACAGGCCUCAAGCCUUCAUCCGCAUCUCCAUCCCUCUUAUCCCUGAAUGCAAUGGUUUUCUGGGAUGUAUUGCUAUUAUUCUUAUUCUACAUUCCGCUUUUCGGAAACUAGAAAUCCCGACUGUAAUUAAAUAUUGCAAUCACGAUCCAAAACUGUACAUGGAAAUUAAGAAGAAUAUAUGUAAUUUCCCAUUACCGAGA